AUGACGGACACCACUACAAGUGUCCCUAUUCCUACUUCGGAAAGUAUCGUUGCUUCUAAUCCAUUUGACGAUGUGAAGUCUCCGAAAACCACGCAAGCAGGAAUGCCUCCUCUAUCGCAUGCGAAUGAAAACUUCAUGAGUCCUCCUCCAACCGCACCUUCACCGAGCUCGAGUGGUCCUAAUUACCCAAUGACGUCGAGUAGUCCGAGCAUGAUGCCAGGUGGUUUUCCUGGAAUGGGGCAGCCUGGUGCUGGACCACCUCAAAACUGGCCUGGUAUUCAGAAUAACGGAAUGCCUGGUGGAUACAGACCACCGAGUAGCAUGCCACAAGGGAUGGGGAUGCCUAAUAUGCCGGGUGGAAUGGGCCCCGGUUUUAUGAACGGUAUGCCGCCAGGGAUGUUUCCUGGAGGACCUCAGAACAACGGCCUUCCAGGAGCGCCCGCCGGAUUUCCGCCUCGUAUGGGCAUGAGAAUACCUACUCCUCCCGAUCAAGUUGGUAAUAAUCAGAUGACGAACGAGCCGGACGAAAUGAACGAGAUUCUUCAAAUCAGGGACUCUUUAUCUGAAUUCGCAAACGAAAAGCCAAGCCCGUUGAUGCCUUUAUCGACGAAUGAAAAAGCGAAAUGUGGGAAGUGCAAGAGUGAUAUCUUUCCGAAAGGCGAUAUUGAAGAACUUGUGCGGUGUUUUGCAUGCAAGACAUGGUUUAGAAGAACUUGUGUUGGGCUAACAGAACUAGCUUUUAAAAGAUUGGUGAUGGAACAGGAAUAUGUUGCCUGGUCGUGUCAAUCUUGUAUUGAAAACAAAGUCGUCAAUUCAAUCGUCCCCAAAAUUGAGAAAGAAUACUGCACAAAUAGACCUGUUCCUCCGGAUGCUCCUGUUCAUGCUUUAGCAAAACCAGAGAAACGCGAUCGAAAGAGUCGCAAGACGACUAAAAAUGGGAAGGCAAAAAGUAAAACUGCUGCCCCGCCGCAAAUAAAUGCCCCUUCUCAAAUGCGGCCGCCGAUGGGAAUGGAUCCGAGGUUUAGAAUGAUGAUGAACCCAGGAAUGAUGCAGCGUAUGAACCCGAUGAUGAUGAAUCGUCAUCCGCUAAGGGAUUUUAAUAUUGAUUAA